AUGUGCACGAGUUACGAAUUAAUUAAUAAAAAUGGGUAUUACCGGUUGUUACCAUUCUUGGAGAAGUCUUCUAAGAGAACGAAUAUCCAAGAAUUUUCCGGUGGCACUGUCGCGAUCGAUUCUUACUGUUGGUUACACAAAGGUGUCUUUUCUUGCGCCGAGAAACUGAUGAUGGGACAAACGACGGAUGCGUACGUUUCGUACUGUAUGAAAUACAUAAACAUGCUUUUGCAAUAUAAAAUAAAACCGAUCUUGGUGUUUGAUGGUCGACGAUUGCCCGCUAAGGAACAGACGGAAAUUAAAAGACGUGACUCGAGAAACAUGAAUCGUCGUAAAGCAAUGGAAUUGAUACAAAUGGGCCAAGUCGCAGAGGGAAAAAACUUAUUGAAACGAGCCAUAGACGUUACUCAUGAAAUUGCAUUAGAAUUAAUUAAACGUUGUCAAAAAGAGAACGUUGAUUGCAUUGUGGCUCCUUACGAAGCGGAUGCACAAUUGGCGUACCUGAAUAUUAUUGGUAUAGCUGACGUUGUUAUCACAGAAGACAGUGAUUUGACAUUAUUUGGAUGUAAAAGAAUACUUUUUAAAAUGGAUUUUAAUGGAAACGGAGUUUUAAUCGAACAAGAUCGAUUACAUUUAGCAAUGAACGUGCACUCCGAACAAUUUCACAUGGAUAAGUUCCGUCACAUCUGUAUUUUAUCUGGUUGUGAUUAUCUUCCGUCCUUGCCUGGCAUCGGCUUAAGGAAGGCACAAAAAUUUAUUGACAAAAACACGGAUGACAACAUACAUAAGGCAUUGACACGUUUAGGAUCUGUACUCAACAUGAAAUCGUUAGUUGUGACAGCAGAGUACAGAGAUGCAUUCGUGUUAGCGGAUAUAACGUUUAAACAUCAAUUAGUAUUUUGUCCGUUACAAAGGAAACAAGUACGAUUGAAUCCGCCCACAGCUGAUAUUACUGAAGAUCAAUUACAGUAUGCUGGUACUGAAUUAAAUGCAGAUAUCGCUUUACAACUGGCCUUUGGUAAUUGUGAUCCAUGUACUCUAAAAAUGGUUCAUAAUUUCGAUCCAGACAAAAUUGAACGUAAAAGGAAGUGUAAUGCUGAAAUAGAACAAACAUCUAUUAUUCACACUAGCAUUUGGUCCGACAAGUAUAAAUUAAAAACAGACAAUCAUAGAUAUGAGAAUACAUUAAACUCAUCAAUCAAAGCUAGAAAAGAGUUAUGUAUACGAAGAGAUUCUCUAAAAAAUGAGAACAUUUCUUUAAAAUAUACUAGUCCAACUAUACAAUGCGACAGAUUUUCAGAAUAUCAAGAUUUAGGAAAAAACGCUAUUUUGGAUAUGUAUAAUUCAAAUCAAAAUACAAAACUAAUUCUCAGCCCCGAAAAACGAUCGAAGGAAUAUUUAACAGAAAAUAAUGUAUCACCAGAAUUAUUUAAAACAAAAAAUCCAUUCGUGAAAAGAGUAUCCGAUCUCACAACCUCGCCGAGUAUUUUGUCUCAAGAAAAUUGCCGGAAAAGAGGAAGAAACUUAAUGCGCGUAAGGCGAACUAUCAUAGACGAAAACAUUAUCGUGGAAAGCAAAUAUUUUUCGAAACAUGAUAACGAGAAGAGCGAUGCACUAAAGUCAGAAAACAACGUUAAAGAUUUCAAUUUAAAACGUACAAAACGUAAUGAGAAUUCAACAAUGGACGUCUGUGAUGCAAGCAUGAAACGACAAAAAACAUUACAAGAUCUGAAAGUAUUUUCUGAAAUAGAAAAUGUCAAUGCAAACUUAACGUCAAGAGGCAUUGACGAUACACCUCCAUCGAAUCUGAACAAAUGUCUGACCAACUCUUAUGAAAAUAUUUCAGAAAGGACGUAUUCCAGUAACAGGAUAACCGAAAUAUCGCCAACGCGACAUUUCACAACUGUUAAUGAUAAUUGCAUUUCUGAUAAUUUAUUGGUAUCAAGCUCCGAUGUAGAAACCAUGCCUGAUUUAGCCAAUUACGAAAAUACCAGCAGUUUACGAGAUGAUUUAUCGAAAUGGUCAAAUACAAAAGGUUCUCCAUCCUUGCAUAAAAAAACAUUAAAGAAGAAAAGUUCAAUGAAUUCGAUUUCGCCUGCCAAUUCAGUAACAGGAAAGAAACAAUUGCGUCAAAGUAAACAAUUAACAUCAGUUCCCAGACAACAAAGCUUAUUAAGCAUGUAUGGAUUUCACAAAAGAUCGAGUCUUAAACAUUAACUUUAAGGAGCUCCAAUAUUUUGAUUUUUUGUAAUUAUGUAAGUCAGAUAGCAUUUUUCUAUAAUAAUAUUGAAUAAAGAUUGUUUUUAUAGUCUACAAAAUAUUGAAAGUAAAACGCAAAAAGCAGGUAAAAGCUUUUAUAAAAAGUAAAACUGUGAUUCUUAUUGUUACUACCAGCGCGUAAUCAACAUUUAUUUAGAAUGAGCGUUACGAUUGUAAAAAGACACCUGAGUUCUAUAUCUCUGUAUAAUUCACUGCCAUAUACGCAUAUAAACAUCGACUGAUUGUGAGCAUUAAAACUGUUUUCCGUCUUACUACUGCCACGUAUUAAUAUUUCAAUUUUAGGAGUGUACGUUAUGUUCCGUUGAAUGAUCUUAUGUGACUCGUUAAGUAGAAUUAUCUCAUCGAAAUUUAUCUUGAAUUUAUGAUCUCAAACUAUUAUUAUUAUACUAUUAUUAUAUUAUUUUUGAAAAUGAGGUUCAGAGAACUUUGUAGCAAAUUGAAUGUAAAAUCUACAUAUCAUCAAGAAAAACAAAAUAAGACUACAACUUUUUGUUGGCGAUUACAUAAAUUAUACAUAUUAAUUAAUGAAGUAUAUUUUGAAAUUCUCAUUUUUCUUUCUCUUUCUCUCCCUGUCUUUUCUGCUCCAUCAUCUCUCCUAUAUAAUUUUUCAAAUAAUCACGUAAAGAAGUUUGAAAUAUUUUAAUAUUAAAAAAAAUUACUAUAAGUGAGAGUGCAUCGAGGCAGUAGGCAUAGUAUUGUGGUCCCUUCGCACGAUUUAAUUACUGAUUUUUGUCGGAAUUACGAAUAAUUACUGAUAACAGUAAACAGAAUUAAACAUUUCUGACGAGCCGUUCGUCUGGCAUCUAUUAUCUUUAUUAACUCAAUCCGCUUUAUCACUUCACGAGCCUUAGAACCUUCGUUACCAAACACUCUGUACCAAUCUUAUCUAGUUUCCAAUUAUUAAAGCAAGCUUCUUUCAAAAAGAAUUGUAGUUAUAUAAAAUUUGACUUAUAUUUGAAUAAUCUUAAAUAUUAUAGAUCGUCAAUUUUGUCUAAGCAUAAAUUGUAAAUUUAAACAAACAAAAUCUAUGAUUCUAUUUCAAGUAAGUAGAAAUAAACUUUGGAUCUUAGAAACUUACAUCUACGAUAAAAUAAAAUACAUCUGUUGGUUUUUGUUCGUUUUGUCCAUAAAAGUUGUAAAAUUCGAUAAUUGCGCAAAUCAUAUAAAAUAAUUUAAUAAAGAAAAAUUUGAUACCACUAUCUUAUAAAAUAUUAUACAAUGUAGAUGUACAAUAAAUAUAAUUUAAGCGUUAAUUUAAUAAUACAAUGUAUAAGUAUUACAAAUAAAGUACAUUAAUUUUAUUAAUAUGCCAUUUUCCACGAUUGUUUUGUUUUCAAAUUGUUAGAUUGUGCAUUCUAUUUACCUGUUCACCGUGUUCGCUAUUUAUUAUAAUAUCGAGAUAAGAUGUAUGAAAUAAAUACUUGAUGCACAAGA